AUGUGUUCUGGACAGAAAGUUCUGUUAGAUAAAGGAGAUUUAAAGGAGUAUUGCCCCAAGAAUAAAGAAGAAGAAGAUGAGAUGAGGAACAAGCUAUACGCUUCUCUAGUUAGAAGCAUUAUGUAUGCACAAGUGUGUACAAGGCCAGACCUAGCCUUGUGCAUUAGCAAGAUGAGGAGAUUUCAGUCAAAUUCGGGAAUGCAACAUUGGAUAGUUGGAAAGAAAGAUAUGAGGUACCUAUAG